GCCUUUAAAGCAUGCAACACAGAGAUGUAAGAUAAAUUCUUCUAGUAUCAGUAUAAGUAGUAAUUAAUCAUGUUUGAUAUACAAAAAGGAGGAUAUUUAGUAAGUGUGGCUACAAUAUUAAAUUUAUUGAAGGAGUUGAAUAAAAUCAUAUUACUGUAUUUGAGUCUCUUGCUUAUAUUAUUGAGCGAGUUCAAUAAAUUAAGCAUUUUGCGUAGAUCUAAACUAUUUAUUAGAUAGGUGGCUUACCCCCAUCCUCCCCCAAAAAACUGUCUACAAUAAACCUGUAAAACUUUUUUAUUGAAAUGUUUUGUGAAAUUGUUACGCUAAGAUUUACCGAGUCGCAAAACCAGCACGGGUUUGUGAUAAAUGAAGGUUUCUGAUUGACCACUUCUGACCCUUGUUUCAGCACUGAGCACAGAUCGGCCGUAUUUUACAUAUAGUUACUCGUGUAAGGAAUUUUUAAAUGCGAACAAAAUUUAUAAAUGAUUGACUACACAGAUAAUUUUGGCAUCAUUUGAAAGUAGGCUUUGAAACAUAGCAUAGUUUACAGUUUAAAUUAGAAAAUAUAAUUUAUAUUGCAUUACAUAUUGACCUAACUUUGUUUGUAAGUUUUGUUAUUAUUUUAUUACAUUUAAAUGUGCUGUUCGCAUACGAACAAUUAUGUUAUACUAUGACGAUACUUUUCAUUCCAACAGAAGAAAUAUCAUUUUCUACACAUUAUGUCAAUAUAUAUUUUAAUUUGUACAAGUAUAAAUAGUCUACCAUUAUCACGUCAUAUAAAUAAAAUGUAUAGAAUUUUAGUUACUAUUUUACGCCAAGGGAAGUAAAUAAAUAUGGUUCAUGAAAUUAUUUGUUGUACAAUUGUCUAUUAUGUGUUAUACAAGUAAAAUUUUGGUACACGUUUCGGUAAUUCAAGUAUUCGAGUUAUUCAUCUGAUAGGCUGAGAAGUGAAAACAUGUAAAGUUUAAAAAUAUUUUUAAUUCUCAAGACAGUUAAGGAGGUGUUUGAAAUUUUGUUAAAUCAAACGUGAUAUUCAGAUAUAAAAAGUGCUGAAGUAUGACGUCUAACGUUGAAACGAAAGAAUUUAAAGAAGAAAGCCAGAGUUUCGUUCUAAAGAAAAUUGGCAAGUAUUGGAUCCUAAAAACAAAUACUUCCUCAAAACGUCUUGCAUUUCUUGAUGAUGCUAAGUAUGUUAAAAUUGAGGAAAACAUUCUAAUAGCAGAUGAACGAUUAUUUGAAAUACACAAAAAUGAAAAAGGUGAACAUUUAUUUCGACAUCUUGAAGAUGUUGCCUGCGAAACCUAUUUUUCUGUGACCGAAAGCUCACCAAAAACAUUCUGGAAAAAAAUUGAUCCUCCGGAAGCACCAAUAAAGACAAACAAAGACAAUAGUGAAAUGGAUCUUUAUGAUUAUUCUAAAAAUGAACAAGUCCAAAUUCAGCAUGAAAAACCAAGUGAACGUCGUGUUAAUGAAGAUUAUUAUGAGGAAAUUGAUUUCAAUGAAGGUGCAACAGGACAUUUCGAAUUAGAACACUAUUCCUUGCCUAAGACCGAUAAUGGAAUUCAGCAUUUGGACACACAACCAAAUUCUUCUGCUGACACUAAUAGCUGUCAUGACGAUGAUUUAAACAUUGGAUCUGUAAGUGAAUUAAUGAUUGGAUCAGACAGUGAUUUAAACAUUGGGUCUGCAGCUGAAAUGAUGGAAGGACACGAGAAGUAUGAACCCUUGGAGUUUGGAAGUACGGAAGUAGAUAGUGUCAUUGAUGUUGUAGACAUGACACAAAACCCAUCUGGAGAUGAUGAGUUUCAUGUUAUCAUUGAGCCCUCAGAUCUGACAAAGAUGUGUGGUAUGGAAGGGGAGAUGACGCUAUCAAUAAAAUAUAAUGCUCUCAUUUUCAAAGAUAUAAACAAUGCAAAUUACAUGUUUCCGUUUCCUUUGAUAAGACGUUUUGGGACCUACGGAUCAUCUUUCUAUUUUGAAGUUGGUCGAAAAUGUCCGUAUGGAGCCGGAGGUGUGUAUUGUACAACACUGAAAGCAAAUCAAAUUAAGAAAAAGUGUUUGAAAGAAAUUAGAGAAAAAAAUCGAAUCCCUAAAGAGAGUCCAACACGGAAAAAUUGAAAAUGGUGUUGGCUCGAUUUUAUUGAGCCUGUUCAUAAAAACUAAUAAGACAUAAGAAUAACAUGAAAAAUGAAUUACGUUAUGAGACACUGUUUUCAAGUGGAAAAAAAGGCGUAUAAUGUUUUCAAGCUAGGUGGUCAUUUUGAAAAUAAUCAUAUAUAUGUAACAAACAAAAAUUAAUUCGUUAGUGCCAAAUGUCUUCAAGAUCCAUCAACGGUGGGUUUUGAUUAUAGACCUUUGACUCUUUUGACAAAAAGGAAUUAUAAAGGAAAAAAGUCCGCCUUUUUAAAUUUAUCAAUUGUUUUCUAUGAAACACAGCACGAAUUAAUAAAAUAAUGCAUGUCAAAAACUAUCAAUUUCCAAGUACACAUGGAUGUGUACUUUAAGAUAUUUUAGAUCUUUAUUCUAUAUACCCGUUAUUUACAUUUUAUCUUAUAGAAGCAUCGGCAAAUCAAUAAAACUUAUUUUAUUUUCUGGGCUAAAUUACUGGAUUUAAUACAUUCGAUGUUUUGACCCAAAAAACGCAUGCUUCACAACGUCUACAUAUUGCAAUUGUAAUUCUUAGUGGCAAACAUUAACUAGACAAUAUAUUUAUUUUAUAGAUAGAUAAAAUAUUCUAGAUCAUUGUUGAACAUUCAGUAAAACAAACCGACUCUAAAUUUAGGUUAAUUUAUGUAUUUAGCAUCGGUCAAUCUGAGCGCAUCCUUAACAUCACGUACUUUCUAUCAACCAAUCAUGUAGUGGCAUCAUCCUUUCUACCGCCUCCGUGGUCGAGGGUUAGAGUCGAUGACUUCUAAUCCAGUUAACUCCAUGGCGUGGGUUCGAUCCCCGGGAGAUGCUUUGGUAGUUUAGCGCGGAGGAAGGUAGUCUAGUACUGGUGUAACUCUCCAGGAACGAUGGUAAGGAAACUACCCGCUUAUAUGACUGAAAUACUGUUGAAAAAGGCGUAAAAUGAAACAAACAAACAAACCAUCAUCCUUUCUGGUAAAAUUUUAAGUAAAGAGCACUCAUCAUCUGCUCUGUUUAAUUUUACCAUCACCUCCCAUUUUCCUUCUCCUCCAUGCGUUUUUUCCAUCGGUUAUCGGUUAUCAAUAUUCAAUAUUAAUUUUGACAUAAAAGUUUUGACAGAAAAAGCUUUUACUUCAUUUACUUAGAUAAGUAUGCAAUUGUUAUGUUGUAUCCGCAUAUUAUUGUUAGGCAGUAUUUUUCACCCAGAUGGUAUUUUUGAUUAAUAUAUUU